UUUGAUAAACGCCAAGUUCUUCACAAUCUGUUUAGUCGCUUGGACAUGCAGUGUCAAAACUCUAGAUAUGAAACCUUAAGAUCGUAAAUGUACUAAAUAUUUGCAACACAAUAUUAUUUUUUUACUUUAACGUCACGUAUCGGCAGUAGCAGCUCCACGUUUUCUAAUGUCCCAGUUUCCUUCAAAGGCACCAUUAAUCACGACGGAAACCAAGCGUCAGUUUCUGUGCUACACCGGUAUCGUCUCCGCAAAUACGGCCGUGUAAACGAUGCUAUCGCCAGGACAAUUUACACGGGAGUGAGGCAGAAAAGAAGGAUAUAGUUACGCGAGUUUCUUUUACGAGGAUUUUAACCUUUUUUUGGAUAAGAAAUAUCUCCACUCGUAGUGUUGCAGAACCAUGACAGUAGAGUGUUUGAGGUCUUGGCAGCAGUAGGAGAAACAUCACCGGCAAGGGGGGGGACUGGUUUUUAAUACAAUUGUUUUUUGUUUUGUUUUUUUUCAAAAGAAGACUAUACAAAAUGUUUGAAGCUUCUGGAGUACCAGUCAUCCUGUUGGACAUCUCUUGUCUCAUUCUUGUCGGACUUCCCUUUUUCAUCUUGACUCCUCAACACAGUCCGUUCAAACGAGGCUUCUUCUGUGACGAUGAGUCCAUCCGCUACCCUCUCAAAGAGGACACCAUAUCCUACCAGCUGCUGGGAGGCGUCAUGAUCCCCUUCACGCUCAUUGUUAUCAUCUGUGGCGAGUGCCUGUCUGUGUACCUGUCUCGCAUCAAGAACCAGACCCUGGGCCCCAAAUACAUGGCAUGCGUCUACAAGGCAGUGGGCUGCUACUUGUUCGGGGCGGCGGCCAGCCAGUCGCUGACGGACAUCGCCAAGUACUCCAUAGGGCGUCUGCGGCCGCACUUCCUGGCCGUGUGCAAGCCACUGUGGGAUCGCAUCAACUGCAAAGCGGGAGGAUACGUGGAGAACUUCACCUGCACCGGGGACAAGUUCCUGGUGGAAGAGGCCAGGCUGUCCUUCUACUCCGGUCAUUCCUCCUUCUCCAUGUACUGCAUGUUGUUUCUCGUUCUGUACAUUGAAGCCAGGCUGAAGGCCAAGUGGGCGAGGCUCCUGCGUCCCACCCUGCAAUUCUUCCUGCUCGCCACCGCAGUCUACGUGGGUCUGUCUCGCGUGUCUGAUUACAAGCAUCACUGGAGCGACGUGCUCGCCGGUCUCCUGCAGGGCGGCGCGGUUGCAGUCUUCACUGGGUGCGGCGUGUCCAACUUCUUCGAGCAGCCCGUUGAGAGGGGGGUGUGCCAGGAGGAGGGCGGACAGCACACCUGCUUACAAGAGAACCCGCCCAACUCCAACCACUAUGGCAGCACUGACUGACUGACUGGCUGGCUGUGCACGAGGCAGGUCAAGGGUGCACCCUAGGAAGGGCGUAGGAGGGCUGCACAUGCACUUUAUUGAGAUGCAAAGAGUUUUACAGGGGGGGAGCAUGUUGCCUAUAGAAGGAGUGGCUUUUUACAGCCCAUGCGUGCGCCAUUAUGGAGGACAUGUUAUGAAUGAAUGGAAUUCAAUUUGCUGCAAGCAGGCUUGUCAGAGAGAGACUGUGACUAACAAAACCUCCACCGUCCCUACGUUAAACAAAAACAUUCACAUCUUUUUCUCAUUUUUUAUUGUUUUUACCUUUGGAAGCUCGUACCGUGUGUUUGUACCACGGCGAUGCUGUUGGGAAAUGUAAGGAAUAAAAACGACUUCCGUUUUGCUACUUAUGUUGUGUUUUUUUAUGCGUGUGCACAAAUCUAAUAAGAGCUGAUACAAGACUUGGAGCAAGAUUGAUGCCUUUACAAAGAUAACAAUGCUCAACAGUCAAAGUGCUGUACGCCUCUCUCGUCUAGCCGCCGGCAAAUAACCAUCCUAGUCUCUUAAUUUGUGCCGGAAGUGGAGGUCUCUGUGCAAGACCCCCCUUGGUUUUGUUGUUGCUAUGUUGUACAAUGUACUCGUUCAUUAAUCACCACCGAGUCAGACAGCAAGUGAAAAUAACCAAUGCAGAUAAAUAACCAGAAUACAGUAACUACCGUCAACUAUGACAAAAGCAAGCCUCUCUGCAAGAUGUAGAAGUGUCCAUUUGGCGACAUGCAAACGUUCAGCAACAACAGCUUUCAAGUGUUCACAUCAGUGCGUUUGGACCACAGAAACCACUUGCAUGCAAACAGAUGAGCUUUUUCUUUUGUUAAGCUGUGUUGGUUUCAGUUGACAGUUACGAGUUGAGCAACGCAGCAAAGUAUUGCAAUAAAAGC